AAGGCUGGUUGCCGUCCUUUGAUAGGUUUGGAUGGUGCUUUCCUGAAGACCCGGUUUGGUGGACAGAUUUUGUCAGCCGUGGGGUUAGAUGCUAAUCAUCAUAUCUAUGUCAUAGCCUGGGCUAUUGUCAGAGUGGAGAAUACAGAGACAUGGAGAUAGUUUCUCGAGCUACUUCAUCAGGACUUGGGUCAUUAUAAAGAGCAUGACUGGUGCUUCAUAUCGGAUAUGCAAAAGGGACUGAUAUCAGCAGUGAAAGCGGUGAUGCCUGAUGUGCAUCACCGUUUCUGCGUCUGGCAUUUAUGGAAAAAUUUCAACAAGAACUGGAAGGACUUACAGCUAAGGGGACUUCUGUGGGAAUGUGCAAGGGCAACAACAUACCAAGAAUUCAGGGAUGGAAUGGAGAAGAUCAAAAGGUUAAAUGAGGAUGCCUGGGCAUACUUAGAGAAGUGGCCUAUGAAUGCUUGGACCAGAAGCUUAUUCAGUCAUAAGCCGAAAUUGGAUAGCAUCUGUAACAACGCCUGCGAAGUGUUCAAUGCUAAGAUCAAGGAUGCACGAGCCAAACCCAUCAUAACAUUGCUGGAGGAGGUAAGGAUGUUUGUUAUGCGAACCAUAGCGAAAAACAAGGUGAAGCUGCAGAAUCACACCGGGAAGCUCACACCUGUUAUAAAGAGCAGGCUGGAGAAGGUGAGGAAAGAAUCCAAGCAUUGGAAGCCUAUUUGGACUGGGGAUAACGGAUACGAAAAAUUUGAGGUGCACAGACAUCCAACCAACCAUGUUGUGGACAUAGGAAAGAGACUGUGCACAUGCCAAUUUUGGAUGCUAACGGGUAUCCCGUGUGUGCACGCUUGUGCUACCCUGUCUCGUGUGAACAAAUAGCCAGAAGACUUCUGUCACAGAUGGCUGACC